CGGUCGGUGUUCAAUUUACAUUAUUUCGUAUGAUGUGGUCCACUUUAAUUUUGGGCUGAUGCCCUAGAAGAAGCUGGUAAAACGGAUGGACGGAGAGGAUAAGCCGCAAACAUUCCAGUGGGCCGCCGAAAGAGUUUACUUCAGUAGGCAACCUGGGGCAUCAGGACCGUACUCAUGUCGUGAUGCAGUAGGACACUAUAAAUAUUCAUCCGAAUACAUCCUCCAUUUCUCUGCUCCAUCUCUCUCUGAAAGAUGGAGUUGCCGGAAAUAGUCGAAGUUGCUCGUAACUUCGCCGUUAUGGUCCGAAUACAAGGCCCUGACCCCAAGGGUCUAAAGAUGCGGAGAUAUGCUUUCCACCACCAUGAGUCUGGAAAGACGACCCUUUCUGCAUCUGGGCUGUUGCUGCUGGAUUCCUUGAUCAACUCUCCUAUACUGGAGCGCCUGUUUGGGCACUACUUGCAGCAACAUUCAUCUGUGUCAGCUCUAGUUGUGACUACCGCAUCUGUUGUGGAGCCUUUUCUCCCUGUGCACUAUCGAGAUAAUCCAUCACAGGUUCUCCCCAAAUUGAUUCCCGGUGCCCAAAUUGAUGUUCUGGUAGAGAGAGAUAAUAGAAUAGGAGAGAAGCUAAAUGCGUCAGAUGACAAAACUCCCCAUGGGCUCCCAGCACAACUUCUAGCAUUGGUUGAUGUUCCUGCAUCUUCCCUUGCUCUUCAGUCACUGUUGGAAGCUCAUGGUGGUUCACCUGAGCAUGGUUCAUGGGAGGUGGGUUGGUCCUUGGCCCCAUUAAGUGAUAGUCCGUCCAUUACGGGUGCUCUUCAAACAAAGUUGUGUCUCAUAUCUAUGGGAUCCAAACUGUCCAAAGGAAGCGCCGCCAUGCGAAAGGUUGAAAGCAACAACAGAUCUUCGGUUGAAAGUCAGAGGUGUUCUUCACUGGAUGAAUCAGGCAGUCCCGGGCUUGUGGCAAUGUCAGCCACUAGAAUUGCUUUUCUUGGAGUUCCUGCACUAAAUUUGAAGGAUCUUCCAAAUAUAACUGUUUCACAAGCAAAUAAGAGAGGUGAUCUGCUUGUAGUAAUGGGUUCUCCAUUUGGUAUUCUGUCGCCAUUGCACUUCUUUAACAGUAUAUCUGUUGGAGCUGUCUCAAACUGCUGCCCUCCAGGUUCUCCUGACAGUUCGUUGCUAUUGUCAGAUGUUCGGUGCCUCCCUGGAAUGGAAGGUGGGCCUGUUUUCGGAAAGCAUGCUCAUCUCAUAGGUAUAUUGACCAGACCCAUAAGACAGAAAGCUAGCGGUGCAGAAAUUCAGCUUGUGGUCACGUGGGAUGCCAUAUCAACUGCUUGGAGCGAUGGGCCGCAGAAAGUACUUAAAAGGACCGUGGGAAAUCUGGAUGGCUAUGAUAUAAAGAGGGCAUGGUCAUACAACAAAACUGAUUUCCAUGGAUCCUUCAAUUAUACACGGGAACCUCCUAAGACCCAUUGCUCCCCUCCCUUUCCAUUUGAGAAAGCUCUGCCUUCUAUAGUUCUUGUCACGGUAGGUGAUGGAGCAUGGGCUUCGGGUAUUGUACUCAACAAUCGUGGCUUAAUACUCACAAAUGCUCACCUUCUGGAGCCAUGGAGAUUUGGCAAAACACAUCUUGGAAUGGAUGAAACCACAUUCCUGGCCAUGUCUACCCGCUCCGUAUGUGAACAAGAGAGAAGUGAUGGCCGAAAGGGGAGACAGUGGUCUUCUCCAUCUUUGGUGAAGACUUCGGAUGCUUCUGUGGGGGAUGACCACAUGGCAUCUACAUUGGAUUCAAUUAAGAAAAGUUAUAAAAGAUUGCGUGUUCGUCUAGAUCAUAUGGAGCCCCGGGUUUGGUGUGAUGCUAGAGCUGUGUAUGUUUCAAAGGGACCUUUGGACAUUGCAUUGCUGCAACUCGAGUCUGUUCCAAAUCAACUCUGCCCAAUCGCUCCACAUUUUGUAUGUCCAUCUCCAGGGUCAAAGGCGUUUGUCAUUGGACAUGGUCUCUUUGGACCACGGUCAGAUCUCUGUCCAUCUGUUUGCUCCGGAGUAGUAGCAAAGGUGGUUGAAAUGGAGAGGCCCCUCCACCUCUAUGGUUUGGGUGUACUGGAUACUGAAGAAAGAUACUUACCAGCAAUGCUUGAAACUACAGCUGCUGUGCAUCCAGGCGCUAGUGGCGGUGCAGUGGUAAAUUCAGAUGGUCAUAUGAUAGGACUGGUCACCAGCAAUGCGAAGCAUGGUGGAGGAACUAUCAUACCGCAUCUCAACUUCAGCAUACCAUGUGCAGCUCUAAGGCCAAUUUUCAAUUUCUCAAGAGACAUGCGGGAUGUGUCGAUCUUACAAGCGAUGGACAAGCCAAACGAACUCCUCUCUUCUGUGUGGGCGUUGAUGCCACCACCGCCAUCUCAAAGGCCGGCACCCUUCCCUAGCCUGCCAAAAUCUCUCAUGGAGAAGAUUAACAAAGGGAAAGGAUCUAGCUUUGCUAAAUUCCUUGCUGAAAAUCGUGCUGAGACGUCACUUGGGGAGCAACCUCCGAGCGUGGAUCAGCCUAUCAAAGAAGAGUUCCUUACUAAGAUCCUUCCAAGCAAAAUCUAACCACAAUAAAAGAGCAAAAAGGGAGUGGCAGAACAAUGGAUGAAACCUUGUACCACAUAUCUUCAGAUUAGAAAUAACAAAUUGGAAAGUGAUGCUGCUUUAUGCUCGUGUUGGCCCGAAUCAGUCAUUUGCGGUUGGCUUUUAAGAUCCCCCCUCCCCUCCUUUUUUAGUUCCUAACCAAAUAAAAAUUCACUGGACCCAGUAAUUAAAAAAUUCGGGUGUCGUCACUAACACACCACGGGCGGAGGCAAUCCCUCUAUACCGCUUAUUUUUCUCCUUCUACAAAUCAUGUUUAUCCAA